AUCUACUUGAUGUAAUGAACAUUCUGAACCUUAUACAUUUGUUUCACUCGUCAAUCAAUCUCUUUACAGGUAGUAGAAUGGAUUCAAACAAGCAGGCUGCGACAGAAGUUUAUUUGAAGCUAUUACAUGAAGCCACAGAGGCAUUGGAAGAGUCAAUAAGCAAGGGAUAUACUGCCCAAAACAUAGCAGUUGUGGUUACUGCCAAAUUAGCUUUAGAAGGUGAUGAGAGUAUCAAACCUCAACUUGAACGAAUCAAAGAUAUGUUCAUUGAAGUCAUAGAAGGGAAACCAAUUCAAGAGAUCCUAGACAUUCCAAAGGGGUACGAAUACAUUUUAAAGACGUUCAAAGACCUGCUUUCUCACAUAGAACAAACAACUGGUGCAAAAGCAACUGAUCCGAAAAAAGCGUGUAUAAAUCUUCAAUUUAGUUGUGAAACUGAAGUGGAAAAACUCAAACUUUUGAAAUAUUUUGCAAGUGAUGACCAUAAAUAUUGUAUAGCGGACUUUGCCAAUAAAAUAUCAAAUUUUGUUGGAAGUCCAAUAGGAGUCCAUGUGUCUUUCAAAAUAAGUGAUGAAAGUUUGUUAAGCAUUCUGCAGGAAGGAGAUUCCGGAAGAAAGUCUCAAAAAGAUUCCUUCAAAUUUGAUGGUCGAUUGAUACUUCUUGAUAGCAACCAGAUACAUACUUUGGAAACUUCAUUAGAUGAAAACCCUAUAGGGCAAGGUGGAAUUGGUACAGUUUAUCGUUUGCAA